AUGGUGUCCCCUCGGGCUUGCGUGGGCAAGCUGGGCUCGGCGCUGCCCUUGCUGCUGGUGCUGUGGGAUCUCCACUACGAGGGAGCAGAAUGUGGAAUAAAUGCAGAAGUAGAAAAACAGCUCGAAAUGGGAAAGAAGCUGUUAGCCGCCGGACAGCUGGCAGACGCUUUGUCUCACUUCCAUGCUGCCAUAGAAGGGGACUCCGAUAACUACUUUGCCUAUUACCGAAGAGCCACAGUCUAUUUGGCCAUGGGCAAAUCUAAAGCUGCCAUUCGUGACUUAAGCAAGGUGGUUGAGUUAAAGCAGGAUUUCACAUCGGCAAGGCUACAAAGAGGACAGCUGCUUCUUAAGCAGGGGAAGUUUGAUGAAGCAGGAGAGGACUUUAGAAAAGUGCUCCUAUCUAAUCCUAGUGAUAAGGAGGAGACAGAUGCUCGCUCCCAGCUGCUGAAGUCUGAUGAGAUGCAGCGACUGUCUUCCCAAGCACAGUCUGAGUAUCGCCAGGGGCAUUACUAUACCGCUAUCGGUUUCUUGGAUGAAAUUCUGGAUGUUUCUGUUUGGGCUGCGGAACUGCGUGAGCUUCGAGCAGAAUGCUACAUCAAGGAAGGAGAACCCGGGAAGGCCAUCGGUGAUUUAAAAGCUGCCUCCAAACUGAAGAGUGAUAAUACGGAAGCGUUCUAUAAACUCAGCACUAUAUACUACCAACUAGGGGACCAUGAACUGUCCCUAAGUGAAGUUCGUGAAUGCUUGAAGCUCGACCAGGACCACAAGGAGUGCUUUUCUCAUUACAAGCAAGUAAAGAAACUAAACAAACAGAUUGUGACGGCAGAAGAGCUCAUCCAAGAAGGCAGGUACCAGGAGGCCAUUGAUAAAUACAAGACAGUGAUGAAAACGGAGCCCACAGUUUCUGCUUAUACCACACGUGCCAAAGAGAGAGUCUGCCACUGCCUCUCCAAGAACCAGGAGUCAACAGAAGCCAUCAAGAUCUGCAGUGAAGUUCUACAACUGGAAGGAGACAACGUAAAUGCCCUCAAAGCCAGAGCCGAAGCGUACUUGCUGGAAGAGCAGUACGAGGAAGCCAUUCGGGACUACGAAGCUGCGAAGGAGCAGAAUGACGAUGAUCAAGAGAUCCUGGAAGGCCUGGAGAGAGCGCAGAGGAUGCUCAAGCAGUCUCAGAAGAGAGAUUACUACAAAAUUUUAGGAGUGAAAAGGAAUGCCAGAAAACAAGAAAUUGUAAAAGCGUACAGGAAGCAGGCAAUGCAGUGGCACCCAGAUAACUUCCAGAACGAAGAAGAGAAGAAGAAAGCAGAGAAAAAGUUCAUUGACAUAGCAGCUGCCAAAGAAGUCCUCACUGAUCCAGAAAUGCGGCGGAAAUUCGAUGCCGGAGAAGACCCGCUGGAUGCGGAAAGCCAGCAAGGCGGAGGAAACCCUUUCCACCGAGGAUGGAAUUCCUGGCAGGGGUUUGACCCCUUCAGUUCUGGAGGACCUUUUAAAUUUAAGUUCCACUUCAGUUAG